AUGAAUGUAAAAGUGACUAUGUCUAAUGACCAAAGAGUUGCAUAUCUUAACUUUCGUUACCCAGAAGAUGCAAGAGAAGCAUUAGCCAAAGGUGCUAAAUUCUUGUUUGAGCGAGACUUGAAGAUAAACCCAGUUUUUAACAAACGCCGAAAUAUUAGUCCUAAUCGCAGUGUUUUACCUACUAUGCCAAGCGGACCACCUGAUCAGUUUUACUCAAGCCGGCGCACACCACCCCCGUAUGAAAGGAGGCCUCCGCCCCCAGAUGGAUUUUAUGAACCUCGCAGUGAUUACCGGCCAGGCCCACCUUCGACGAGUGGCCCAGCAUCAUCACACGAAGAUGACAGAAAAAGUGAAAAGUUUCCAUAUCACCUUGACCAUGUUGACCCAGAAUAUGAUGAUAAAGCAACAAGAACUUUAUUUGUAGGAAACUUAGAUGUUACCAUCACAGAUUACGAUUUGCGAAAUAUUUUUGGAAAGUUUGGAAUGGUUGAAGAUGUGGACAUUAAGCGGCCAGUUCGCAACAAUGGCAAUGCAUAUGCAUUUAUUAAAUACAUAAACCUUGAUUAUGCUCAUAGAGCCAAAGUGGAAAUGUCUGGAAAGUAUAUUGGUAGAUUUCAAUGUAAAAUUGGUUAUGGCAAAGUAACACCAACCACAGUUGUCUGGGUUGGGGGUUUGGGACCUUGGGUGACAGUCGAGACUCUGGAACGUGAGUUUGACAGAUUUGGUGCCAUUCAACACAUUGAGUGGCCAAGAAAUAAAAAUUUUGCUUAUGUCAUUUAUGAUAGUAUUGAUGCUGCCCAAGCGGCUUGUCAGCAGAUGAGAGGAUACCCACUUGGUGGCCCAGAGAGGCGCUUACGCCUUGAUUUUGGUGAAAAGGAGCACCUUACCCGUAGCCAUAGUUUGCCUGACUAUCACUACCCUCCACCAAAAGGUUAUACACCUUUGCCUGAGCAGCCACCUGUUCCAUGGAGAGGUCCGCCACCUGAUGUUACUGAUCGCCGUUAUGAAGAUUGGAAGCGUGCUCAAGUGGACUACAGAGCACCACCUGCUGAUACAUUUCAUGAUGCUACUCGAAGGCAUGAUGAUUAUCUCUAUCCACAUGAUGCUGAAAGGCGCCGCGAGCGAACACCCGAAUAUUCCAAAGCUUCUUAUGCUGGACAGCGAUCACCAGAAAGAAGCAGAGAAUACAGAAAUGACAGAGCUCAGUCUCGAGAGGAUGAUCGUUAUGUGUCUGAAAGAAGAGAUUACAGGGCUGCUAGUCCAGAGGGAGAUUAUGUCAAACAAUGCCGUAGUUUAUCAGAGUUGUCUAAAUUGCUUCCGGUUGCCUGGAAUGGCGCCCUCAUCCUGAAAAGUUCAUCUUUUGCGACCCGCAUGCAUGUUGUUGGUGGUGAUGUAACUUUAGUGGAUACCCUCAUGCGAGACCCAACUUCAACAGAAUCUCCUGUUUUGAAGAUCACACAGCGUCUCCGUCUUGACCAGCCAAAGUUAGAUGAUGUUGCCAGGCGAAUUCAAGCUGCCGGUCCACGGGGUCACUGUAUUCUUCUGGCCGUACCAAGCUCUCUCCCAAACUAUGAGGAUAACGGAGCUGCCAUCCAGCAGAGGCCACUGAAAAAUCUGGUGACAUAUCUUAAACAGAAAGAAGCGGCAGGAGUGAUCUCUCUUCCACCAUUCCCCUUCCAAGGGAAGAAGGAUGUUGGCGUUCUCCAUGCUUUUCCUCCAUGUGAUUUUGGUUUUAACUUUUUGAAAAACCGAGCACCCAAACUGUCACCAGAGUCCGCAAAAGAGGAUCACCUUGUCAUUGUGGUAGUUCAUGGUUCUGCUUAA